GGAAGCCUAUGAGCAAAAAAGCAGAAGUUGUCUGUGAGAGUUCCGUGAGUUGAAAGUCAGUGUCAGCAUGGCCGGGGGCUCGGUGUCUGAGUGCAAGGAGUACCUCUUCAAAGUGCUGGUGAUCGGGGAGCUGGGCGUCGGGAAGACCAGCAUCAUCAAGCGCUACGUGCACCAGCUCUUCUCGCAGCACUACCGGGCCACGAUCGGGGUCGACUUCGCCCUGAAGGUCAUCAACUGGGACAGCAAGACCCUGGUGCGGCUCCAGCUGUGGGACAUCGCAGGUCAGGAACGGUUUGGGAACAUGACGCGGGUGUACUACAAGGAGGCCGUGGGAGCAUUCGUGGUGUUCGACGUGACGCGGGGCUCCACGUUCGAAGCCGUGUCCAAGUGGAAGCACGACCUGGACAGCAAGGUGAAGCUGGCUAACGGCAACCCCAUCCCCUCGGUGCUGCUCGCCAACAAAUGUGACCAGAAGAAGGACAGCACCAACAACACGGCACUAAUGGACAAUUUCUGCAAAGAGACUGGAUUUCUGGGCUGGUUUGAAACCUCUGCCAAGGACAACAUCAACGUGGACGGGGCAGCGCACUUCCUGGUCGAGAACAUCUUGGCCAACGACAAAGGUUUGCCGUACGAGGAGAGCAACGGCGACCGGAUCAAACUGGACCAGGAGACUGUGGCUGCUGAGAGCAAGUCGGGCUGCUGCUAACACUCGAUCCACUCGCAUUAUCCGUCAGCCUCCCAUCGGCGGGGUGCGGUGCCCGCGCCCACCCUGCGGCUCUCGGGCACUCGGCUGCAGCCUCUCGCAGGAAUAUGGAUUUUUCUGGUCCCCACAGCUCCGGGAACUUCUCCUCCCUGCGACUCUGCACGUCCAAGUUUCUCACCACAUCUUUCCCGGUAUAAACCAGAACAGAAGCCCAGUUUUAUCUUGAUGUUGCCUUUGCCUUCUUUCUCCCACGUCUCCAAACCACAGGGUUUCUGAUUGUUGUGUUUAUCUCGUCACAUAUUCUCCUGCCUGUGUAAUGUAACGCCAACUAUGAACUCUCCACGACCUUCCCCACUCCUGCCAUUGCCCUUACAGCCAAUGAAGGAUUGUACGACACCUGUGAAGGAGUGACAAACUAUGCACAACACUGAGAAACACAAAAUGCAACCUGUAGCCACUUUGGUCCAUUUCCUCUCCGUAUCUCUCACUACCCAAACUAAAGUCUUUCAUCAGUUAACAUGGACCUCGAGCAUCAUCUUACAGCACACUCAUGUUUGCGUGUGAAGCACCACAGCUUAGUGUUAUUGUAGCAUUCGUCAUUGUUGUCUUUAUGGCACAUUUCCUCUUAAAUUAUGUGCUAUCAUACACUUUUGUUUUCCCACAAUUUUAAUCAGGGUUGGUCGCACUUUUCAUUCUUCACUCAAACACUGAAGGACAAAUACGGUAUUUCAGAAAAAAACUCUAACACUGAGAAAUGUUUAUCUGAUUGUCCGCCAGUAAAAAAAAAAAAUGUAGACGUGAUUUAGUGUGUUUUUGAAAUGUGCUGGGUUGUGAGAUUGAAAAAAAAAAAAUCCAACAAAUGGACGAUAUUUUCUUGUACAUAUAAGAUAAUCUGUUAAGUGUCCAGAUGAAAUAUGAAGGAUUUUUUUUUAUUAUGGAGAUGAAAUAGAGUUUACAUGUGAAAAUAGUUAAAAUCUACACAGCAAGGAAGAAUAAACAUUUUAACAGAUUUGUGUUGUGUUGUAGUAAUGAACCUGUCUAUGUACUUAUCUAGAUGAUUAAAUGUGUUUAUCUAAUGUAUUUAUAUUGCAGAAACAAAUCAUAUAAACUGUGGAUGAGUAAAUGAUGCCUGUACCAUAUACCUAAAGCUGAGUUUUUGGCUCGAAUACAGUAUAAACAUUUUGUUUCCCUGUGUGGAUUUUAUGGCUCAAGCAGACAUUUCAGAUUAUAAAAGUUAAAUAGUUUACUGCCAUGUAAACAUCUUGGAAC